AUUAUAUCUAGCACCUUCCACUCUGAUUGCCACUAACUGGAUCAGAGAAGCAGUUGAGGGAUUUACAGGAAUGUUGGCGCAUUCUGACAUCUUGCUGAGUGGUGAAUCAAAAGAAUAAGGGUGGUGGUGACGAGGGGAAAUCCUAGUAUCAGUUGCCUGUGACCCAGAGGUCUCCCUUCUCCCUUUCGCGGCAGGAUGAUUACACCUACCCAGACUCUAAAGUCGGUUGUGGAUCAGAAAGCUGUUGUCCAUGCCUAUCGCCACUUGUAUCGCCAGGGCUUGAAGGCCAUCAAUUAUUCUACCCCAGCACGGCAUGUUCUUCGGCAUAGUCUGCGAUCCGCCUUUCGUUCAUCUUCACCGGAAGAGCUGAACCCGCGGCGCAUAGCCAAUACUUUACAAUUUCUCCAACGAGCUGCCGACGUUGCAGGCCUUGAGCAUAAGAUUGUGAAAAACCUGAUGAUGAUGAAAUACUGGGAGCAGCCCCAAGUGAGAAAAGACCACCGCACCUUGAGAGGGCUAGGGGUCGAUCAAAGGGAUCCUAUAUUGAUGCAGGAUACAAUGCGGCAGUUUAACCUAACCUUGUCACUCCUCAAUGACAGCCUAGAUAUUUGCUUGAGGUAAUCCAUAGAGAUCAUUGAUUCCCUAUCGUCUAUAUCGAGUGUAUGGGGUCCCUGCUUUCGUCGGACAUUGAAUAAUUACAGUCCCCCCAAAGUAGUAGGACAACGCAUAUCUUCCACUUCAACUCUCACGCGGCAGGACAUGACGCUAUCUGAGUGUCGACUAAGGUCUACAUUUAUUUUCUGGGGUUUCUUACAUCUUGAAGCUCCGACAACCUUUCAAAACCGGACUUAUUUCCCAGGUGAAGCUGCAGCUGGAGCUGGGUUGGAUGAGAGACGAGGGGAUUGUUUCAGCCGGCAUGGUCGCCACUGGCGUGUGAUCGGGAUAUACGGGAGCGUUGAAGGUGGAAGUAGAUCUGGGCCGCGGCUAGCGAAUCAGCAUCCGCGCCGGCCCAGUGUCACAUGUUCGAAGUGCCUGUUCCGGAGCCCUUGUCUGACCUUCAGGCUCGUUCCAGCGAACUCCUAGUCUUGUAAUCCUGCGU